UUGGUGCGUGUGCGUGCUUGUGGAUGUGUAUGUGUGUGUGUCUGCGGUCAUACAGACGCGCUGUAGUCUAUUUAUUCCAAGGUGGAUCUGUCGGUGAUCGGGGACGAGCCCAUCAACCCAGCUUUAAAAACACAACAGCGUCUGGGAGAAUGGAUUUUAGCUUCCGUGAUAAUAGCGCAUGUGGAGCUCCCAAGCCAGGCCAGGACAGCCUGCUGAAGAAAGAGUUUGUUGGAGGUCCAGAUGUAAAAGGCUUUGACAACAAAGCUGGAGAGAGGAUGGAUGGGAAGAGUGAAGGCUUCCCAGGUUCUGGAUUCAUGUCUGGAAUGUCUGCAGGGCAGACUGGGAGCCAGUUUCAUGGUUUCCUUGGAGAAAGUCGCCCUGGUGCUCCUGAGAAACAACCUUUUAGCACUGAUGUUCCAGGAUUUACCCAGCCAGCAAUGAGCAUGAGUGCUAAUAUACAUGCGGGCACGGCCCCUUUCCAGUCAUCCAAACCUCCCAGUUUGACAGAACCUCAGAAGACCUCUGUGCCGCAUGCCAACGAACCACCUAAACCAUUCCAGGCACCCAGUAAACCUGCAGACACAAGCCCUCGUAUCACUUCGGACAGCACAGCAGAAGUACGGGGAAACCUUUGGACAGGUGAGGACAUGCUCUCCUCAGAGCUGUCCUGUUCCCCCAACAAGCCAGAGCAGAGUCCCCCUAAGCCUUUUGGGAUCCAUGGAAGUCAAGAUGAAGAUGAAGCUACAUCAGAUGAAGAAUCAAAUGAGGCAGGCCAGCAGAAAAGGAAGAAGUGUGAGGAUAUGGACGAGGUGCAUGGUCUUUUGGAAAGCCUCCGAUCUCCUGAGAAAACCCAAUCAAAAAGCACUGACCAAGGUGGAUCUUCCCCUCCAAGCCCAGAGGAGGGCUGGAAAAGUGAGAUUCGAGAGUGGGGUGGAGGACGUAUCCAGGCUAAGAAAAGCAAGAGCAGGAAAAAGCUCCCUGAAGAGUGGGCCAGCUUGACCGAUUCUAGCGAUUCACCUCCUCCACCUGAACCAAGUUCCUCUACGAUCACCGACAUGGACAUUUGUACUGCUUCUGCUGCUGGCAUUGAACAAGGAAGUGCUUCACCUUCUUUCACGCCAGAUGCAAUAUCUCUCACAACCACAAUUCAGUCAGUUGCCCCAAGUGUAAUCCCACCAUCCACAACCCCUGACCCAACCCAGAGCACCCCAGCAAUAACUACCUCCUCACAUACAACCCCAGAUUUCACCUCUGACUUUAAGAAUACUGCAGAUUCCUUCCCCAGCCCAAAGACCACCACUGCCUCCCAGGACAUUUCCACUGUAACUGGCCCCGUCCCCUCCCCACCAGUCACUUCCAGCACUGUACUAGGCCAAAACCCUGCAGCUUCGACUUCCCCCACCUCACUCACAAAGCACCAGGAGCCACUGCUGGCAAACUCCUCCCAACUGCAAGUGAAAGAAGACCUGGCUGCCAAAGAGAAGAAUGUGAAGGUGGACACCUCUCCUAAGACAGACAAUUCAAGCCUGGUUGGAAAAACAGACAAGCCUGAAAAGACAGAGAAGAUUGACACCUCAGUAAAGAAAGUGGAGAAUUUGGACAAGAACCAAGAGACAGAGAAGAAGGACCAUAAACCCGAAAAAAAUGAGAAAGUUGAAAAACUGUAUAAAGCUGAAAAAACAAACAAUGCUGGGAAGGAGGAGAAGAAAAAUGGCAAUGAAAAAGUAGACAAGACAACAAAAAAUGAGAAGAAUGAAAAGGUUGGCAAAGGGACAACCAAACCCACUACGACUAAUGGAAGUAAAGAAGUGAUCAGCCCUGAUAACAAAACAAAGGAAAAGACAAACAAACAAAAUUCAGCCAAACCAAACUCAAAUGCCACUGGAGAAAAUGCAGCUUAUAAAAAGCCUCCUGUUCCCAAGACAACGACUCAAACCACAGGCAAUAAGAAACCUUCUGGCACCAAUUCUGCCCGUGAGGCCAAGGCUCCAGAGAACGGUGCUCAACUCCCACGGAAGCCUCCUGUACCAAAGUUCCGGAGUUCUUCUGCUAAAACUUCACCGAAGACAACCCCUAACUCCUCCGCGAAAGCACCCAAUGCUCCAGCUUCACCAGGCACCAACGGAAGCACUCGCACAUCCCGAAUCACAAAACCUCCUGUACCCAAGCAGGUUCCUCUAGCAAGGAAACCCCCAGUGCCCCGAGCUCCCCGCAACACUCGGGUCAACAGUGCCCCCCUGCCAGAUCUAAAGAACGUGGCCUCCAAGAUCGGCUCCACAGACAACAUGAAGUACCAGCCUGGUGGAGGAAAGGUUCAGAUAGUCCACAAAAAGUUGGAUUUCAGUCAUGUGACCUCUCGCUGUGGCUCCAAAGACAAUAUCAAGCACAUCCCAGGAGGAGGGAAUGUCCAGAUCACAAAUAAAAAACUUGACGUGAGCAAAGUGACUGCAAAGUGUGGCUCCAAGGAUAACAUUAAAAACAAGCCUGAUGGUGAUGAUGAGAACACUGGAUCACCCAGUAAGACAGACAAGACCAAGGCCAACGCAGAAUCACCGAACAAUGUGGGCCAUGAACCAGGAGGCAACCAAAUUAAGACUGGAGCAGAUCAGAAGAAGUCGGAUGGAAGCCCACCCGUCCCCGCUCAAGCAGGGGCUAAGGAGAACGGUCUGAAGGACAGCUCCUCUAGUGUUCCCUCUCAGGGAGAGGGGCUCUUGAACUCCCAGGGUCUGGACAAGCGUAUCCCUGCAAAAAACUGAGUCUUACAAGCUGAGCUUCCAAGAGGAUGCACGAGCUCACACGGACCGUGGCACCAAAAUCAUCUCCUGGUCCCCCCGAGUGGCAGCCACCUCCCACCCACAUUGCAACACCUCUCGCAGUGUUUCUCUGGGGUCCACAGUCUCCCUCGUCUCAAUCCAGCCUGUCGCAUCUAGUUGCCAGGGAAUGGGUUCAAACCAGUACACUAGCAGUACACAAGCUGACCCUUUAAAACCUGCAUUCAUCUCACCAUUACCAAAACAGCUACUUUAACCAUUUUCUUUGUUUCCCCAGAUACACAGAUCAGAUCACAAGGCAAGGCUUUGACAGGUUUGUGGUUUUAUUUGGGAUAAACUAGACCUGGCUUCAUUGAUGAGCCGGUCUGAAUGCAGGAUGUUGGCGGUAGCCUCAUACAACCAUCCUGAAACAUGCUUUCAUUUGCUUUCUGGGUUUUCAGACUACCGGCGUCAAUCAGCGCCGGGAAUCACCCAUGCUUGUGGUGGGAUAUGACAAUUAGUACGAUGACUAAUCCAAAAAGAAUUCUAAAAUAUGGUCAAACUUUACCCAACAAAAUGCUAGACAAGGUGAUGAGAUUAAAAAGUAGCUUCAGGAUGGUUAUAAGAGGCUAAAGUAGAUUAAAUAGUCUAAAAUUGAAAACCACUGGAUAGGCUUGAAUUUAUUUGGUCAGUGCCCGUAUCCUUUUAACCAGCUGCUUCAUCUACUGCCACUAUAACCUUAAAUAAAUAUACACUGCAGUACAUUUCUCCAAGAUUAUAGUGAGCCAGUUUUAUCCUUUCCAUUUGGCCUCAGCUAUAUGUCUAUAGGAACUCUUCAGAACUUCCAGAACUCACUUCAGUCAUGUCUCGUUAAAUUACUCUUGCAGUCAGUAAGCACCCUGUAUUACAAGCAUGCAAGACAGUCUGUUAACCCGUUAAGUAAAAAUGAACAAACACCAUCUACCCGAACAUUUACCUCCGUAUACAAAUCACAUCCUCACCAGUAUUAUCCUGGGAUGCACACUAUUAAACACUUGUAGGCUGUCCAAAUAGUGCGACAUUUUACAGUUUCACCGUAAUGUUCAUAGAUUACAGUUACAAUGAGUCAAAUCGUUACAUUGUCUUUAUCUUAUGUCAACAUUUCUCUUAACAGGAUCGUAGUUAAACACACUUUCCCAAUAUUUACUGUAGCAGAGGACAGAGUUCUACAUGCUAUAUGGUGGGCAAAAUCAGAAGGAAAAGGGAGUGUAAAAGGAAUGCAGAAAGGAAACAUGCUGAUGAUAUUUCUUGAUAAGCUAAAUAAGGUUCAAAAGUAAGGCCUUGUUGGAUGUCUGUAGAUAUAGAUGUAAAGGAACCAAGUAUAUGAUAAUAUUAGGGAUGUCCCAAACGAGUUAUUUUGACCCCCUAUGAACUAAGUCUCUUAAAUGCUGAGUAUCAGCCCAAACAGAUGUUCAAUUCAAUUAAAUUCAAACAGAUGUGAUCUUUGAAUGCAAAAAAAUAAUGCAACCUUACAGUAUAAGGUGUGUGUGUGUGUAGUGGCACAUGCUUUGGACUAGGGCUGUGCAUUUAAUCAAUUGCUCCUCGACCAACUCAUUGACUGUUUUACUGAUGUGAAAUCAUUUUUAUAAUGAGGUAAAUGUGCUAUGAUUUGGGUUUCUAAAUUGUGUGCAUUAACGCUAUUGUGUUCUGGACAUCGCGAUAAAAAGAACAUAUUGAAAUUAAAACAGUGGAUACAUGACCAUUCAAAAUAGGCCUGGGUCAACCCUGAUCCCAAUCCAUUGGAUCAGGUCGGAUUGGGACAUCCCUAAUAAUAAUCGCAUAGAAGGACAAUCAGUUAAAUGUAACCGUAAUUUAAAGAUUGCAUUAUAAACCAAGGAGAAUGCAUUCAAAUGCUGCUGGUUAAUUUUGUUUAUUUAUUUAUUAACUGGCUAGUUUUUAAAGAACUGCCAUGUAAUCAAAACCAAACUUUUUUUAAGUGUCAAUAAUAUCAAGAAGUGCAUUCAGAUCAUAAUUUGACUUUUGAGUUUGGUUACGCAUAGAGAUAAACUUCUGGACUCUUUAUUGGUAAUAAUAUGCUCCAUUUAAAACUAAAAACUAAAAACUAAAUACUAAUACACAUCAUUUAAAAAAGAACCAGUAUACUGAAAAGCACAGUCGUAGACUCUUCUUGGGGGGAUACAGCGUAAAUGUAAAAUCACCAAGGAGGCCUGUUCAGAGUAUAAACACUGUGUGAAUGUCAAGGCUUUGCAGAGUGGAUUCAGAACACAGCCUCAACUAGGUAUUGUGUAAUAUACAAGCCAGUGUAAGCCAGUGAAUAGAUUUACAGUAGUCCUGUCUGUAGCUCUCUUUGUGUGUAGUUUACAGUGAAGGGAUUGCGUAAGCUUCAGCGUAUAAUGGUCACACACACUUAUACAAACAUAUUCGCUCACUCGCAUAUACAGUGAUACAACUCAGCUCUUCUUGUGUGGUGGCUGUAGUCUUCUUUAUGAAUGAAUGGUCAGGCCUAAUGUCUAAAACAGUGUUAAAAAAAUACUCUGCACCACCACCCCCCACCUCCUCACACACAUUCAUUUAGAGCCAUUUUGUGAAUACACAUCACAAGUUGUGUCACCAAAAUGGGGGGAAAAAAGUGAGAGCCUGUUUUUACCUGCCAUUAACAUUGCAGUGUAUUUUUAGUGAUCAUAUCACAUUCAGAUUUGACUUUUCCACAAAAAAACAGGUGAAGAAACCCCAAAGGCGUAUUGUAAUCUGUUUACAAUCAGAUAACUUAAACCACAUAUAGAGCUCAUUCAUAAUUAACAUAUGUGUAAGUAGGAUGGGUUCCUGUGAUCCUGAAAUGCAUUGUGUUCAGAUUACGAUCGGAUUACUCAAACAGCAGUUGGAUGUGGUCAGAGCCUGAUUCUAGGGCACUGUGGCACUUUUUCUGAACUAUUCACAGACUCACAGAGCAAGACAAUUAUGGUGAAAAUCUUAAAGCAAAAGUUAAGUCCUUUGUCUAUUACUAUAUUUAAUGGGAAAGUGGGAUCUCAUCUGUUUAAACUGGGAACACAUUUUAGUGACAAGUGCAAAUAGAAUCUAGAAAAAGACACAAACGCAUGUUAAUGCCAAGUGUAAACAGGCCAAACGACUUGCUACAAUGGUCAACCGUUUGAGAGAUCCCACAGAAGAACCAUUUUUGCAAAAGAGAGAUGAGAGUGUGAGGAACCUUAAAAUAGGUAAAUUACCAUUACAUGGACUAACAGAUGCUGCUUUAUAAAAGAUCCCUUUGUACCUUUUGCGUUUCUUUCUUUGGACAGUACUUACAAUGAAUGUUUACAUGUAGUUUUUUUCACAUUAUACUUAAAAAAGACAAGAGGAAGACAUUAUUUAAGGGUGAGGAAGGCAUGAGAAGAGUGUAAAGGCCUGGCUCUAUUUAAUAUAUGUAACAAAACCACAAGACAAUCUAGACAAUGUUAGGUAAAUUGCACUGUGUUAGAAAAUUAUGUGAUAGCAGCCAGUGUUGUAAGCCUGAUGCAUUGCAAAUGUAAGUAGCAAUAAUUAGUAUAUAUAUAUAUAUAUAUAAAAAAAAAACAUUUAAUUUUCUUCCUGCCCAGGAAAGCAAUUUUCAUUUGCACAUUGAGAUUUUUUUUUAAGAAUAAAAAUGUCCCAAACAAUACUAGAAUACAAAAUAAUCCUAAUGUCAUACUUAUACAUAAGCAUCUACACUCUACAUAAUAAAGGUGCCACAAAGAGUUCUUUAAACAAUGUGGAAAAAAAUUACAAGGAUUACAAGUUUUGGAUUAUGCCUUAUAAUAGAAUGUGUGAAGAGACAGUACAGAGAGGGGGAAGGACUUUUCUCCUUCUGCUUUGUCGUAGAAAGCCAGAUCACCCUUUUUGAAAAGGGUGAAUGGGUGGUGGUGGGUUGCGAACCUCAAUCGUUUCCUGUAAAGUGGACUACACAAGAAAUUUGGACAUACUAAAUGAGAUUCCAAGCUGUCGGUAGUGAAAGCAUUCAGUUAAUUCACUUUAAACAAUGUAGCAAGAACUCAACGCUGCACAAACCUGUUGUAUCCUAACCCUAACCCACUACAAAAUACAAAAAAACUUGUGGCCAACACAAACAUUUAAUAAAGCAUAUAAAUUGUAUUGAUGGGCUCAAUUUGUCUUGGGAUUGUUACCCCUGGUCUAACAAGUUAGAAAUGGAACUGAUUGAACGUUAAAUUUGGAGAAGGAGCUUCAGAACCAAAGAACCCUUUGUAGCACCUUUAUGUCAAUAGUUUAAUAUUUUAUUUAAUAGUUUGUCGUAUGGCAAAGUCAAACAUCUUGUUUCAUUUCACAGUCGUUUGUGGUCAGUUCAUGCGAUGCUGCACCAGCCGUUGGGACCCAAAAAGCACACCGAAGUAUAGUCAGCCAGGGUAUAACAGGAAAUUCAAGGAGUUGUACAUUUCCUUAUUCUGAUUGUACAGUUUAGGUAUUAUGACAUAUUUGAACCUGCUAAGCAAAGCUGAGCCUUGCCAUAGUUUGUGAAUUAUGCAUGCUCUAUGUAAAUGCUUGUGCCAGAUGAUGGACAAGUCUGACAUUGUUAAAAGUACCAAGUAUUUUUUAAACAUAGCUAAAGCAUUGAAUUCCAGUUUAUCACAUUUACAGCGAGACGCAGCACUUAAUGGUAGAUUGAAGCUGGGUGUGUUCCUGUUGUACAGUAAAGUCUUCUGGUCCAAGUGUGGACAUGAUGAAGUUCCUCUUGUGAAACAAAUUUCCUCUUGGCCACCUAAUCUGACAUUAUUGUAGGAAGUAGACCCACAUUUUCACUGAGAUUAGCACUCUUAAUAUUUAAAGAAUUACUCUUUUAUUCAACUGUGGAAAAGUCAGGAGAACUUCCGUUGGCCGGAAGGAAAGAUGGUAUGGCAUGGAAGAAUCCUGAGAUCCUGAAAACACGAUUGUGUUGAUAAAACUAGAGAUAAAAAUGCACUAUUAGGAAGAGAUUAACAUUAAAAGUUAUUGUACAGCAAUAAUUACAAUGAUACAUUAUUUCCAUUGCACCAUUGAAAUAUGGAAAAGGCUCACUAUGGAAAGUCCAGCACAGUUAGAGUUGAUUUUACAUGCAUGAUUGGUGUUUAAUAUAUGAAAUAUUUCACAUUCCAUAUUUUCAUUAUCCACUGACCUUGGUUUUAUGGGAACAAAAUCAGAAGGACUUGUGAUAGGCAGAUGUGUCCUUGAGUGUCCUUUAGGCAACCGAAAUGGAAACGGAAAAUAGAGUUUGGAGGUCAUCAUUGUGACCUCUCACAGAGAUGCUCCCAAAAUGUAGCUUCUGAAGGUCAGUCAGUAUGUGGUGUGUCUGUGCAACAAAGCAGUUGGUUCACAUUGGCAUGUCAUAGUGUAGAUCACUCCAGGUAGGCAGCUCGGAGUCCCCAGUACCAGUUAGGGUUCCGUGUGUGUACUAUUUAACUCUCAAUGGCAUAAAGGCCUCGUCAGCCUUGUGUCGUAAAACCGUUGAGCUGAGAUGUUUUGCCUAUGAACGGUGUAUUCUUUGUUGUGGUUGUCAACUAUUGAUGUGAAUAUUAAUAAAAAUGACUAGCAACACCUG